GCACACAGUGGACCGACCUCUCCAAGGCACCAGUCCACCUGCACGGUUCUGUGAACGGCGUAUUGGUUCUGACCUGGUAGAGCUGUUCUGCUGCUCAGGUCCCGGUUCGCUGAAGCCUUAAGCGUGCUUUAGGAAAGAAGAAAAGAAAAGAAAACUUUGUCCGCAGCGCUGCCCAGCUGCAGCAGGACCUGCAGUCAGGAUGAUGUCCUACAUCAAACAGCCUCAUUACACCAUGAACGGGCUGAACCUGCCCGCUGCUGGGAUGGAUGUCCUGCACACAACCGUGGCCUAUCCACCCACUCCUCGGAAGCAGCGCAGAGAGCGCACCACCUUCACUCGGACACAGCUGGAUAUCCUGGAGGCCCUGUUCUCCAAGACCCGCUACCCAGACAUCUUCAUGAGAGAGGAGGUGGCCCUGAAGAUCAACCUGCCUGAGUCCCGUGUGCAGGUGUGGUUUAAAAACCGUCGGGCCAAAUGUCGCCAGCAGCAGCAGCAGAGCAGYGGGCAGUCUAAGCCACGGCCACAAAAGAAGAAGGCCUCACCAGUGCAGGAGUCCAGUGCUCCUGAUCCAGUUCCCAAUCCAUCUGGAUCUUUCAGCCCMUCCUCGGCCCAGUCAGCCGGGCCCAGCAUGGAGCAGAACUCCAGUACUGGAAACACUGCUGUGUCCAUCUGGAGCCCGGCCAUCUCACCCCUACCGGACCCCCUGGCCUCUCCUUCAGCACCCUGCAUGCAGCGACCAUCUCCCUACCCCAUGAGUUAUGGCCAGCCAUCAGCCUACACCCAGGGCUACACCAGCACAACUUCCUACUUCACGGGUCUGGACUGCAGCCCCUACCUUUCCCCCAUGCACUCACAGCUKUUAGGCACUGGRGGGGCUCUCAGUCCCAUCACUGUCCCCUCUAUGGGGGGCUCUCUGAGCCAGUCCCCAGCCUCUCUGUCCUCACAGGGCUACAGCACCGCCUCCUCCCUGGGCUUCACCUCUGUGGACUGCCUGGACUACAAGGACCAGCAAGCCUGGAAACUUGGUUUUACUACCAUGGACUGCCUGGACCACAAAGACCAAAACUCCUGGAAAUUCCAGGUCCUCUAGAAAUGCAGAUCCAUGGGUCCCUCAAGGUGCAUUAGUCCAGGAUGAGAUGGUGCGUAGGAGGUCUUGUUACCAAUGAGUUUAAGACCUUUUUUCACCUGCUGAAUUUUUGAUGAACCAUCAGAUUUAUUUUAGUGAUACGCUCAGAAAGUAAUCAUGUUUUUAAUUUCUUCAACUGGAAACUGGAAAGGGGGAUGGGGGAGGCAGAGUUAACAUAAGAAUGGGGAGCAGAGUUAACCUGUGGUCUGAUUAUACUGGACUGUAGAAUACACAGAGGGGACCACCUCCGCUGACACAGAGCUAAAUGAUGUUCAGACUGUGGCUGAGAAUGUUUCCUAAGAAGAAUACACCACAACUAAACAAAAUAAACAAACUUAGCAAAUAUAAAGUGGUUUUAACUCAGUCAGUUUUACAAAUACUGAUCAUUUUUAUUUUUCUUAAGUUUUAUUUAACCAAGCUUGCAUUGGAGACCAGGGCCUGAAAUACUGGAGUAGAUGAGACUGAUUUCCUAACACACCCUGAGAGAUAACCUAUCAUCUGAUACCUCACAAUAUUUUAAAGGUUUGAUCAAAAUGGCUAAAAUUCAUCAUUUCAAACCAUGAGAUGAUUUUAGUCCAAAACUAGAAACAAAGUUUGUCCAUUUUUUUCAAGGACUGUUAAAUCUUUAGUUUUGUAGUGAUUUUUUAUUAAUGAACUGUGAAGGAACCAUGUUGAUCAGUGAAUGUGAAGACUGCUUCCUAAUGUAUCCAUCUGAGGUCCUCAUGCUGGGGUCCUAAAAAGCUGAAGCCUCUGAAGGACAAAAACCCAAUGAGAUCAAUGAGCACACACACUUCCUCAUUAUAUUUUCAACUUCACUAACGUGAAGGAUCUGUAGGUUACAUUUGUUCAACUAUUUAUUAUUGUUUGAUUUUAAUUAGGUGAUUUGUUUUGUAAAACUGUUUGAGUUUUGUGUCAUUCUGGUGUCUUAUAAAAAGUUUUAGUUUUAGCUGAGUGAUUUAAUAAAAUGAUGAAUUAUUUACA